AUGGAAAAGGCGUAUGACAGGGUAGAGUGGCCAUUUCUGUUGUUUAUACUUCGGCAUUUUGGUUUUGCGGAACAUGUGGUUGAUAUAGUCUUUCGUCUGGUGUCCAAUAAUUGGUUUUCAGUUUUGGUGAAUGGUGAGGCUGCUGGAUUUUUUAAGUCUUCACAGGGUGUUAGGCAGGGGUACCCGGAGCAGAUGGUGACUAGGGUCCUAGGAUUUCACAGGCAAUUUUUCCCGUUCACUUAUCUAGGUGCCCCUAUUUAUAAGGGGCGGCGGCGUAAUGUGCUGUUUGAUGGGAUUGUGGCUAAAAUGCAGGCUCACCUUGGCCAUUGGAGUACUAAGCUGCUCUCUUUUGGGGGUAAGCUGGUCUUAGCGAGGCAUGUCUUGGCGUCGCUGCCUAUGUACUUACUUCAGGUGGUUAAUCCUCCAAAGGCGGUGCUGACACGUUUGGGGUCAUUUGCAACGCCUUUCUGUGGGAUCGAAUGGAGAGAGGCGCAUACAUUGGUCAUCCUGCUGGACAAGUUGUGCUUUUCCACUUGA